AUGAUCGCCAAGUCCGUGAGCUCGACGUACGCCAACCUCCGCACGAAUGCGGAGCGCAUGAAUGAUACUCUACAAUUCUCUUGCCAAUGGGGAAGUACGGAGGACGGAGGAAUGAACCGACUGUCUGGCAACGACGACGACAAGAAAGUACGUGACUGGUUCAUCGCCGAGACGGCAAAGUACGGAUGCACUCAUAAGAUCGACGUGAUGGGCAAUAUCUUCGCCAUUCGCCCAGGCCAGAACAAUGACAUUCCUCCAAUUGGUUUAGGAUCACAUCUCGACACGCAACCUACCGGCGGAAAGUAUGAUGGUAUCUUGGGGGUUUGCUGUGCCAUAGAAGUUCUCAAGGUGAUUCAUGAAAACAACAUCACGACAUACGCUCCGUUGGCCGUGAUCAACUGGACCGACGAAGAAGGAGCGCGCUGGGCCCCAGCUAUGCUAGGGUCCGGCGUCUGGGGCGGGGUUUACACCACGGAGUAUGCUCAAGGCGUAUCUGAUCCGGAUGGAAUCACCCUAAAGCAGGAGAUUGAACGCAUCGGGUACGUGGGCGACGUCCCCUGCUCGUACGAAGCGAAUCCUCUCCUGGCACAUUUUGAAGUCCACAUCGAACAAGGGCCUAUUUUGGACGAAGCUGAGAAGCCCGUCGGCCUGGUCAGAUCGGUGCAGUCGAUGAGAUGGUAUCAACUGAACUUGAAAGGUCGGUCAGCGCACACCGGCAGCACUCCCAUGGAUCGACGAAACGACACCCUACUAGCAGCUGCCAAGAUGAUCGUGGCUGUCAAUGAGGUUGCGACACUGCCUGAACUCGCCGCACGCGGAGCUCGAGGUACCAUUGCCGUCAUCAACUCACUUCCCCAGAGCACGAACACCAUCGCGGGUGAUGUGAGCAUGAAUCUCGACCUUCGAUCUCCAACAGAUGAAGGUGUCGAGGAGCUAGAACGAUUGUGCAGGCAGAGGUUCGAGAAGAUAUCCAAGGAGCACGGAGUCGCUCUGGACAUGAACGCAUUUUGGGAAUCUCCUGCCACGUAUUUCAACGAAGAGAUGAAGGACUGUAUCCGCACCGCUAUGAAGCAAUAUGAUUGCUCGCACGAAAUCGUCAGCGGAGCAGGACAUGACAGUGUAUACACGGCUAAAAAGGUCCCCACUGCCAUGAUCUUUGCCCGUUGCAGAGAUGGUGUAAGCCACAAUCCCGCCGAGUACAGUCGGCCGGAAGACUGUGCCGCGAGUGCAGAAGUUAUGCUUGGAGCUUAUCUACAAUACGACGAGAUUAUCAGAAAGAAAUACGAGACGAAUUAG